GGGCACAACAUGUGUACAGUGCUUUCAAUAUCUUUGGCUGGUACUGUAUGAGUAUGACAGGUGUGACAUGGCUAGCUAGUUAGUGGUGCGCGCUAGUAGUACGUUAUUAAAAAAAAACUUCGUUAGUAGCGUUUAAAUCGGUGACGUCACUCACUCUUGAGACCUUGAAGUAGUUUCCCUUGUUCUGCAAGGACCGCGGCUUUGGUGGAGCCAUAGGCAACGAUGCUUCGAGUGCCACUGUCUGAAAAGUAAACCUAGAUGGCGACAGAGCCACAUGCGUUUGCGCAGAUAUCAUACUCUCCUGGGUAAAUAUUACAGUAUCUAACAGAAGUGUUUGCAGAGAUGUUUGAAACCUCUGUUCAGUCUCUUUGGUGUUUGUUGAUAAUAAUGGAAAUCAUAUGCAGUAUUUCGUUUUGAGGCAACAAAAAGGUAAUUUACUGUGUUGCUUUUAAUUUUCGAACAAGAAUGAAGAAAGUAAAAUCAGAGAUUUUAGAAUAAAAUGCCAUUGGUAAAAAAAAUAUUAAACCCAGGAAGUUGUUUGUAAUGAUGAUAAUCUGUGAUCAGCUUUAACAUUACCAAUCAGCAAUUUACGUAAAAAGUGCUUGUAGCAAAGACAACAGCCCCCCCCCACCCACUGAGCCGCCGCAACCAAACCACAUCUGCGUCACUCCCCGCCACCCAGUCCACCCUUGAUGUCAGCCAUUUUACAUAGCAAUCGCGACUGAAUUCGUCCCAAAAAGUAUUUAGCAAUCAGGCCUAACGUUAAAUACACAUUUCUAUUUAACAACCGGGUGACAUUCGAAAAUGGAGACCGAAGGCCAGGUUGACUUCAGUACAGACGAGUUUCCAGAGGGCUCCAAGAUAAAUGCAAGCAAAAACCUGCAGGAUGACGGCAAGAUGUUCAUUGGAGGGCUCAGUUGGGACACCAGCAAAACAGACCUCACGGAUUACCUGUCGAAGUUUGGAGAGGUUCUGGACUGCACCAUCAAAACAGACCUGAUGACUGGCCGGUCCCGGGGCUUCGGCUUUGUUCUCUUCAGAGACUCAGAGAGUGUAGACCGGGUGUUGGAGCUGAAGGAGCACAAGCUGGACGGGAAGCUAAUCGAUCCAAAGAGGGCCAAAGCCAUGAAGGGGAAGGAACCGCCCAAGAAGGUGUUUGUCGGAGGCCUCAGCCCAGACACCCCAGAGGAGGAAAUCAGGGAUUACUUUGGCGCUUUUGGAGAUAUUGACAGCAUCGAGCUUCCCAUGGACACCAAAACCAACGAGCGACGUGGGUUUUGCUUCGUGACCUACUGCGAGGAGACUCCUGUUCAAAAGCUGUUGGAGUGCAGAUACCACCAAGUUGGGAGUGGAAAGUGUGAAAUCAAAGUGGCCCAGCCCAAAGAAGUGUAUAGACAGCAGCAACAACACAGAGGAGAGAGGGGAGGCUACGAAGGAGGGAGAGGAGGUGGAGGAUACAGGGGCCGGGGACGAGGAGGUCAGAGUAACUACAACCAAGGUUACAACGGCUACUACAGCCAGAACUAUGGUAGCUACGGCAAUGGAUACAACCAGGGCUACAAUGGCUACGCAGGCUAUGACUACUCUGGCUACAACUAUAAUAGUUAUGGUUAUGGACAGGGAUACGACGACUACAAUGGCCAGCAGAGCAGCUAUGGGAAGGCCUCUCGAGAGGUCACAACCCACCAGAACAACUACCAGCCUUACUGAGCUGAUCUGAUCCAACAGGACCUGCUUAGAAUUCUGCGGGGACUUCAUUGCAGGCCGUGUGUCGCCUGAUCACGACAAUCUCUGGGCGACGCACAUAGCGGGCAGAGAGCACGGCAUGCACAAGAAAACGCUGUCCUGUGGUAUGGUCUCUUCACACUUCCUGUAACCAGCGAUAAACAAAAAGAAACAUAAGAGAAAGGAAAUUAAUCUCUUUUCAGUUUUUAAAGUGUUUGCUAUAACGAUUUGUCUGAAAUUGAUUUUUUACAGGAUAUUAAUAUGAAAGUGUAAAAAUGUACUUUGACUUGUAUUUGUGUAUUCUCUUAAUUUUAGUGGUCUUGUUUCAGUUCUGGACCUUCAGUGUUUUUUCUAUAAUGAACCCCUUUCUUAAAUUGCUAAAACUCAUAAUGAUUGCUUUUUCUUUAUAGCCCUUAGAGAACUUCACUUGAUAAACACCCCAAAACUUCUUUUUUUUUUUUUUUUUUACUUAGGUGUUAAAGAUCAUAUGUAAACCAGCUUUAUGAUGCCAUAAAAAGCUGACAACUCAAAAUAUAUCAUGAGCUAUUUGUGUAUCUGGCUUUAAAUGUCCAUCAAAUUUGUUAUCUUUUAGUUAGGGUCACAUUUGGGCUUGCUCCUUAAUGGUGAAAUUUACCCACCAAUUCAUUGGAGCUGAAGCUUUUGCUGUCCGGUGAGCUGUUACAGGACUGGUUACAGAACCUUGGUGAAGCUGAGUUCUACACGUGAUCUUUAAAACGGAAUGGAGAAAAAUAAACUAAUAGUUUAAGUUGACGACACAAGCAGAAGUUAAACAGUGAAACGUGCAAGGUUCACUGUGCCCUGCAGAGCUCCAAAGUUGGUAACAUCUGUGUUGUGUCCUUGUUUGCAGACGGGCUGGCUGGAGAAUGACCCUGUACCCAGGUGGAAGCGUUGGGGGCUGAAUCCUGUCCUGUCCUCAGAUCAGCUCAUGUUUUAAACACCAGGCCCUUAUUUCGUUGUCCUCCUCUCCCUGAGUUGAAGCUGGCAUGCAGCGUGUCUGACUUUGUAAAUAGCGAGAUUGCUGCUUUUUGGUUCCAGUCCCCCCCUUCCCUUUAUCUUGUAGGUCUAGGUUUCAUUUCAUCGUGAUUUAAUGUGUUCUUAUUACCUUGAUUUUCAAUUUGUCCUGCCUUUCUUUUAAACUUGGAUUUUCUGCCGUUUUGUUUGAUAAAGGGAUUAUUAAAGAGGGUACAAAACUCAA